CAAACUGUUAAUUUCUCUCCCCUAAAUUAACUUCUCUUUGCCAGUACACUCAGUGGAGCCAAAAGCUUACAUUCUUGCUGAUUCGUUAUUGCAGAGUGAAGGAAUAAAUUUUAUACAUCAUAGGAUAUACAACAGUUUUGUAAAGACUGACUUCAUAUAUCCAUAGCUAUGAAUAGACAUGUUUGCAGCAGAUGUAAAAACAUAUCCCUGCUCAAACAGUUGCAAGGAAUCAGUAAUGACACCAUCAUGCCUUCUAUAUCUACAAUGAGAGUAUUUAAAGGACAGACUAAACUAACCAAAAGUUGUAAUUCAGCAACUUUUUCUACCUUGUGUAAAAAUUCAGUAACCCAGGGCCAUUCAAAUGGAAAACAGAAGCAGACUUCAAAUUCAGUAUGGUCAGUUAAUAGACCCAUGCUUGGAGCACAGUUUAGGACAGAUACCUUACCAUUGAUUAGUGUAAGACAAAUGAGUUCUGGUCCUGAUACCAUCUUUCCUGCUGGUCAGGUAGACAGAUACAAUGGGCUGACCCUUGACCUCGGUGACCUAUCUGAAGAUUGUACUGAUGUACAAUUUAACUCUCUACUUACUGAAUCUUUAUUAAAGUGGAGACAAGAAGGGAGAUCCUGUGUAUGGUUAAAAGUACCAAUUCAUAAAAGUGCAUACAUAUCUACUGCUGCUAAUAAUGGUUUCCUAUUCCACCAUGCUGAACACCAGAUGUCACUGCUAAAGUUAUGGCUGAAUACCAGUUGUGAAGAUAGAACACCAAGAUUUGCCACUCAUCAGAUAGGAGUCUCAGGAAUGGUUUAUAGAGAAGAAACAAAAGAAAUUUUAGUUGUAAAAGACAAAAAUAGUCGGUUUUCCUACUGGAAGUUUCCUGGAGGAUUGUCUGAUUUAGAAGAGGAUAUAGCUGACACUGCAGAAAGAGAAAUUUUAGAGGAAACUGGGAUAAACUCUGAGUUCUUGUCGAUCUUGGCUUUCCGUCAGCAACAUCUACAACCAGGAGCCUUUGGUCGAUCAGAUAUUUUUAUUGUAUGUAGAUUGAAGCCUCUGACGUUCGAUAUUAUGCAUUGUGAAAAUGAAAUCAGUCAUUGCAAAUGGAUGAGCUUGGAGAAACUACACGCCAAUACGACAGACAUAUCACCAAUCACCCACAGAACAUGUCAGAUUAUGUUGCAUGGUAUUAAAAAUGGAUUCGAUAACGUUGAUAUAAGGUUUAAGGAAAUGAAGUCGGUUUAUAAGGGUCUAAAGUAUAAAUUAUAUCAUAGACCUCUACCAUAACAUUUGUCUAUACAAGUCAUAAAUAAGUCUUCCACAGUUUUUAAUCAAAAGGCAUUAUAAUAAACUAUUUAUUUAUGAACAA